UUGAAAAUGACAGAAUAAAUAACGAAAAAAGAGUGUCUCGGACUGACACAAGGCAAGAGCAACAUUCACAUCACACACGUUCAAUUUCACGAAACAAGCAAUGAAAAGGCCAUCCUGCCUGAACCAGUCUAGUCAGAUCAAAAAUAUAUAUACUAGCUUCUUAUUUUGCGUCGCUGCCGCAGCACUCGGCUGCAACCAAAUACAUCAUUCAACUAACAAUAUGCCACCGUCAAGCACUCCCGCUACUGUUACAUUGAAUUGUUCGUCUAUAGCCAUCAACAACCGAGAGUGUCAACACAACAUAACAUUUUCCUCGGUAAGUUUUACGGACAGUAUAUGUCCCGCCGAAGUGAAAUAUGAUACUGCCGUCUUCAGCGAAUUUCGACUAUCUUCAGCUGCCGUCGCUGUUACUACGUCCCGCCACCACUCACCACGUCAGCGAAAGAAAAACAUCACAACACAAUCUUCUGAUAAAGCUGCUAUACCAACCAACCUAUCCUGUCGGCGUAACAAAACACUCACCAUCCGAGAUGAUAAAGUGAACUGCUACCUGUUUCGCCACCGCCACAACAAACUGAAUCUGCAAGCAGCUUUUUUGGCUGCCCUGGUAAGCAUUCUGGGCAGUAUAUGUCCCGCCGAAGUAUUGUUCGAUACUGCCAUCCUCAGCAAGUUUCCAAUGCUUCCAGUCUUUUCCGCUGUCGCUGCGACCUGGUGCUACUCGUCUCAUAGGCGAAAUAAAAACAAACCCAAAAUGCAACGUUUCCUUCAUGCAGUUGCAUUCAUCUACUACACGAGUCGUUGGUGCAAUAAUAACAUCAUUGAACUGUUCACCGUCCGUGAAAUUUUGACCAGCUACUCGCUUCAACACCGUAGCAACAAACUGUAUAUACAAGCAGUAUUUUUCGCUUCGCUACUUUCACCCUUCCCAGCACACGCCGCCUCCACUGCGCCAAGGAACUACUCGUGCCGACUGCAAAUCAACAAAAAAUGCCAAAAACUAUAUACAGUUGCAACCUUAGCAACCUUCAGGUCGUUCUGUCGGUGUAACAGUAAGAUGCCAGCGCUCCCCGGCUGUGGUGGAAUGAAUCUGCUAGCAGCGGUUACAGCCUCCUCGCAAGAUUCCACUAUUCUCAGCUAUUGUUGCUACUCCCGUCUACACAAGCAGUUAUGUUGGUCUCCCUGCUCCUGCCACUGCCGUGACAACAUUCAGCUGGCGGUGUCAACAUGUCAACGAACAGUUUUCCCACGAUCAAGAUGGCUGAUAUGAGGAGCUACAAGAUUGCUACAAUCAACAUGAACGCAGUGACAAACGGGACAAAACUCGAUGCCCUGAAUACCUUUAUCCGGACCGCCGAACUAGAUGUUAUCCUCCUGCAGGAAGUGGCAACAACAAAUCUCAACAUACCAGGCUUCAUCAUUGAGUACAAUGUAGAUGAGCAUAAAAGAGGAACAGCGAUUGCAGCACGAAGCUUUCUAUCCCUUACGCAUGUUGAUAGAAGCAUAGACUCGAGAUUAAUCUGCGCACGGAUCAAUGACGUCACACUAAUCAACGUUUACGCACCAUCGGGAACGCAAAAUCGAAACGCGCGGGAAAACUUCUACAACAACGUGCUACCAUACUACUUCUACAACUCCACGAACCGAGUUAUCAUUGGUGGUGACUUCAAUUCAGUUGUAAACCAAAAAGAUGCUACUGGUUCAAACGCACACAGCCCAAUGCUCAAACGAUUCAUGACCGCUUCAGGUGUAGACGAUAGCUGGGAGGUUCUAAACCGCCAACACGUCGAAUUUUCUUUUAUUAGAUCCGAUUCUGCCUCUAGGAUAGAUAGAAUUCUCGCCACGCCGAAUAUGCGAGGCUGGAUCCGAACUGCAAAUUUUGUUGCUACAGCCUUCUCUGAUCACAAAGCAUACAUAAUCCGCACUGUUCUUCCAACACUUGGAAAUCCACCUGGUCGUGGAAUAUGGCGUAUGCAUCCGAGCUUGGUUGAUGAUCCAGCGGUCAUUGAGGAACUACACGUGAAAUGGAGGUACUGGACAAGGCAUCGACGGAACUUUCGUACGUGGAUUGACUGGUGGAUUCAAUUCGUGAAGCCAAAACUGAUCGCCUUCCUUAAAUGGAAAUCGUCCAUUCAACGGCGCUCAUUCCAUGAUACAAUAGAACUGUACUAUGCCAUGCUUCGUUCAGCCUAUGAUCGUUAUUAUGGCGAUCCUCACCAGCUGCAAACAAUAAAUCACAUUAAAGGAAGGAUGCUCUCUCUCCGACGCAGCUAUGCACAUCGCACACGGUGCUGGAACGAAAUCUAUAUAGCAGGGGAAAACACAUCAAUUUUUCAUAUAGCGAACCAGAAAAGCCGCCGGACCGAAACCUCAAUAAAUAUACUGCAGGAUGGAGUUGACACAAUACGAGAGCCAAAUGCGAUACAGCAGAGUGUACAAGAAUAUUUUGUUAGAUUGUACUCUUCCACUCAUCCGGUCGAGAGCAACGACUUCAAUCCAGCACAUUGCAUCCCGCGCGAAAAUGAGGCCAAUCAACGACUAAUGAACGAAAUAUCUUCCGAUGAGGUUCUAGAAGCAAUUAAAUUGAGCAGUUCACGAAAAUCUCCCGGCAAUGAUGGUUUACCAAAGGAGUUUUAUCUAAAGGCAUGGCAAGUAAUCGAGAGAGAGUUUACUUUUGUCAUAAAUGAAGCAAUGACCUCUAAUGCUCCCAAAAAAUUUUUUGACGGCGUGCUCGUACUUGUAAGAAAGAAGAAGGGUGAUAAUAGCGUUAAGGCAUUCAGACCGAUCUCGCUCCUGAAUGUUGAUUACAAAAUAUUCGCUAGAAUAAUAAAAAGUAGAGUUGCCCCCUUGCUUCCAUUCGUGCUAUCCAAACAUCAAAAAUGCUCCAAUGGAAAGCGUAACAUAUUCGAAGCCACUGCUCGAAUACUUGACCGCAUUUGUGAGCUAAAAGCGAACCAUAGAAACGGACUACUGGUUGCUUUUGACUUCGACCAUGCCUUUGAUAGGGUAGAGUACAGCUUCCUGACAAGUACGAUGAGCAAAAUGAAUUUUAAUCCCGAGUUGAUCAACCUGCUAAUUUACUGUACGAACAAUAGCUUCUCAAGGGUGCUAAUUAAUGGCAAACUGGGAAACGAAAUAAAAAUAGAAAGAUCGGUACGACAAGGGGAUCCAUUAUCAAUGCUAUUGUUUGUACUCUAUCUGCAACCACUGCUUGAUAAAUUGCAAAGAGAAUGUCCAAAUACUGUCUUGAAUGCCUACGCUGAUGAUAUAUCGAUGUUUAUCGACAGUGACGUCCAGUUACGAACUGUUAUAAACAUUUUUGAAGCAUUUGCAGUUGUCUCGGGGGCAAGACUAAACACCCAGAAAACCAACGCCAUAAAAAUUGGUUUAAUCAACUUGACACCAGAAAAUGAGUGGCUGCAGAUAGUGAAUACAGUGAAAAUCCUCGGAAUACACUUUGCGGAAAAUUUUUCCGAAAUGGUUGAUCAAAAUUGGGUUGCGGUUUUACGAGGAUUUCAAACGUGUAUGUGGAUGAACAACAUAAGAAAUUUGAAUCUCGUACAGAAAGUUCUCUUGAUUAAUACAUACAUAACGUCGAAAAUAUGGUACACAGCAUCAGUAAUCCCCCUCCCCAACAAACACAGUGGAAAGUUUAUUUCACGAAUCGGCUCAUUUCUGUGGUAUGGGAAAAGAUGGACACGGAUUGCAUUCGAAACUUUGAUACUUCCUACGAACAGAGGUGGUUUAAACUUGCAUUCACCACCCAUCAAAGCCAAGGCUUUGCUAACGAACCGCAUGAUGCAAAUGGCUUCGGACUUACCUUUUCUCUGGAGCUUUCUUGAGCACAACGCGAAUCCACCCAAUCUGUCAAGUGUUCCCCGAAAAUACGAGCACAUUCGUACAGUAGUGAAAGAAUCCGCAUUUCUAACCGAAGAAAUCGCAAGAGCACCUUGUUCCAGCGUAAUAUAUUCCUACUUCAUAAAACAACUAAAGGAGCCUAAAAUAGUGAGAGAGAAUCCACUACGCGACUGGAAAAUCAUCUACAAAAACAUCCAUUCCAAAUUGCUGAAUUCGAGUCAACGAUCUACGUGGUUCUCAGUUAUACAUCGCAAGCUAAUCACCAAUGAGCUACUACAUAAAAUUAACAGAAGAACCGACUCCGACUGCAGUAAUUGUUCUGAUCAAACCGAUACCAUCGAGCACCAUCUGCUUCAAUGUAGUGUGAACAAAGCUAUUUGGAUAUACCAACGGAACACCUUCCUAGCGAUGGAUCGAAGGCUGAGCCAACUACAGCCAGAGGAUUGGAUCUACCCGGUUCUAAAACACCAAUCAAGACGUACACGUCAACGCAUAUUGAAGAACUUCAGCCAGAUGUUAUGCUACAUGACAAGUGUACCACCAGAUGAGCGUACUGUAGAGGGAUACAAAUUUUAUUUAAAUUGUAACUAAAUAAGAAAUUAUAACCAACUGGACAAUAAA